AUGAUGGAAAUUUAUAUCUUGCUGUCCUACAAUUUUCCCCCCUUUUUUCCCGAAAUCAACUCAAAGACUCGCGAGUUGAUUGAGGAGGUUACUGAUCUGCCGGUCAUGGUAGAGCUAGCUAGCGACUUUCUGGAUCGACAAACUCCCGUUUUUCGUGAUGAUGUCUGCAUCUUCAUCAGUCAAUCAGGUGAGACUGCCGAUACUUUGAUGGCACUGCGCUAUUGCAAGGCCCGCGGAAGUCUGGCUUUGGGUAUGACGAAUACAGUUGGCUCAACGAUCAGUCGAGAGACACACUGUGGAGUGCAUAUAAACGCUGGCCCUGAGAUUGGUGUUGCCAGCACAAAGGUACUAGUCCUUUUGAUCUCACUUAGCCUCUUAGAUCUAUGGUAA